CGGAAAAUACAAUGCCAAUGGUUUUGUCAGCAAGGCGAGGGUUUCUGCAUGCAUAUAUUUUCAAUAAUGCAUAUAUUUUAUAUAUUCUUUAGAAGAAUACUGAUGAGACGGCAUCUAUUGUAUAGUGUUUUAUCGUAUCUAAAAUCUCGUGCUGCGCACUCGUAAUAAAAUAUGAUAAACAAUUCCUAUGACAAUGCAUGUUUUAAAUAGUACAUAAAGAGAUUUUGUUACGAAGCAGUUCAAACAAAGAUAGUUUGACAAAUAGUAUACAGAAAUUUCCAAAUCACUCGGUUACCAUGCAUAUAUCGGCGGCUAAAUUGCAUGCCAGGUUGAACACAAAGUAUUCUUCAGACGUUCGGAGAAUCCAAGCGAUUCUUUAAACAUCGCAUUUGCAACAAAACGUUUAUUCAACACGUGAGACGCUGUGAACCGUAUUAUACAACCCGAAAUUUUUCACUAGCUGCCAUUUGACGACUUCGAAUUUGCAGCCAAAGCUAAACGGCCUAAAUUCCAAUACACCACGACUAUAUUGCCAACCGGUCCUUCGACAAUUGAACAUCGUACGCGAUGGAUAAAGGUUGGCAGUUGACGUACGAGGUACAUUAUGUAAGUUUUGGAAUGGCAUUCUUACUUCUCGCAGGUUUGUGUCUUCGCGCCUCAAUUCGUGCUCGUAACACGUCAUUCUUCGCAAAAUCUCGCGUCCACUACGCAGUAAACACAGUUUUCGUUAUUUUUUCUACGAGUCGAGCAUUGAUCUUGCUGCUACAUCGAUACGUAAACGAAGAAGCGAUCCAAUCAUCUUUAGUCGAGCGAUUUUUAUUUAAUAUUGGUUUCCCAUGUUUAAUAACUGCAUACACUCGUACGUGUUACCAUUGUCAGGAAUGGCUAAAAGAUCACGCGAGGCUUGUGUUUUGUUUGGUAGCGUCGCAAUUUUACUUGUUCAUCGCCGCAGAUAUCUUAAAAACAAUGGUUUCUUAUGAUGAACGUGUAAUCCUGAACAUCGAUCAUGUACUGAUUUUCUGCUCUUUCUUGUGCGGACUGUGUGCCAUAAUCGUUUAUGCCAAGAUCUUCUGCAGCGAUUCUUCUGUAGAUAUCAUAGAAGGACAAGACGGUGGAACGGAGGCCAAUGUCAAUGAUAUGAAUAAGACGAGAAGUUCAAAUACUGUGCCAAUCCGCGUUACUUUUGCAAUAUUGUGUAUUGGGAUCUCUUGUGUUGUGAUCAAGCUUUGUAUUAUGGCGGAGAUUUUGAAGGUUUGGCAUGGCGACAUGGAUAUGGAGAGUUGGGAUUCAUUGAUGUAUGCAAACAUACUUCGUAUGAUCGAGUUGGGAAAUGCUGCCAUGAUGUCGUAUUUCAUACACUGCACCACACUCAGACGAAAGUCGUUGUUGCAGUAGAUUGUUGCUGUAUUAAAUGUGUUGUAGUUCUCAAGCUUUUGUAGUAAGAAAAGUAUCUGAACUUGUAUAUGCAAACAUACUUCGUGCGAUGGAGUUGGGAAAUGCUGCCAUGAUAUCGUAUUUCAUACACUGGACCAAAGUCGUUGCAGCACACUGUUGCUGUAAUUAAUUAGUGUGUUGUACUGUAGAGGGUGUAUAAAAAAAGAGACCUUUAGAAAUCAACCAUAUUGUUAAAAUUUGAAUGCCUUUUCAAGUGCACAUGCAUAUGCUGAACCGUAGUGCGUGAAAUAUUGAUGGGGUGCAUAUAUUAGAAAAAGGAGACCUUUAGAAAUUGAAAUAACGUUUAAACAAAAAGAUUGUCUGCUCCUGGGAACAAUCUGCCAUGCAUACUGUACGUAGAUCGCAUGUUACGCACUCGUGGGCUUAGCAAAGUGCUCCAGGAUUCAAAUUAUAACAAUGGUUGAUUUCUAAAGGUCUUUUUCUAAUAUAUGCUGCACUCAUCAAUAUUUCACGCACUACGGUUCAGCAUAUGUGCAAUUGAAAAGGCAUUCAAAUUUUAACAAUAUGCUUGAUUUCUAAAGGUCUCCUUUUUUAUACACCCUGUAGUUCUCAAGCUUUAGUAUUCAGAAAAGAGCUCCCCAGCGGAAAUCUGAACUCCCCCAACGGAAAUCGAACCCGAUUGCCGGAAUUCAAAUAGUUGCUUUUCUGAAUUAAUACAAAAGCUUGAGAAUUACAACAACACUGAAGCCUGUUUUCCACUUGAAUCGUAAUAUAUAUAUAACUAUAAUCUACAGUUUAUAGAAAUGUUGAAAAUGCGUAAACUAGAUCACCUUUUUGAAGAGAUGAUGCUCUUUACAAAUCGAAAUUUGUAUAUUAUAUAUACAGCGACAAUCAAACAGUCG